AUAAUUUUAGGGUUAUGAUUAUAAAAUAUUUUAAAAAUUUGGUUUAAUUACCAAAAUAAUAAUUAUUAUCACAAUUUUUAAAUCUACUGUUACAAGAAAAUUUAUUAUUUAGUGAUCAAUAACACUGUUAAUAAUGUGUUAUUUCUAUAAAUUAAACAACACUAAAGUUAAUUAAUACUGAAAAUUAUUCAUCAGAAAAUAGGAAUAUAUACAAAAAGUCACAUUACAAAUUGAUGGUUUGUAGUUAUUUAAGUAGUAGUACAAUAGAAGUUGCAAAUUGAAUAAAUUAUAAAAUAAAGUGUAGUAUAAGACGGUACUAUACUAAAAUUAGACUAAAUUGAAAUAUGUCUGAAAACAGUAAAAGUAAUAGUAAUGAAAAACCUGGUGAUGGAAUUCGAUCAAUGCGAUCCUCAACUGCAUUUCGAGUUGUUAACUUUGAGCUUUAUGCAAAACCUAAUAUAGUCAUUAUGAGUAUUGGCUUGACAUGCUUUGGUCUAGCUCUUGGCUAUAUAGCCUAUAUGAGACAUAAAUAUGAAUCUAUGGGUUAUUAUUCUGCAAUCAAUGAAGAAGGAAAAGAAACAUUUGAGAAAAAGAAAUCUAAAUGGGAAUAAAACAAUGGAUAUAAAAACAAAUAGGAAGAACAAUUUUAUGGUUAUGCUCUGUAAUGUACAUAGAUAGUGUUAAUUUUAGUAUUUAUAAAUAAAAUAGUUUUGAGCAAUAUGAUGUAUUUAAUCAAUGUAAUUAAAAAUAUUAUACUCGUUGUUUAAUUGUUUCUUGUGAUAUCUCAUGGUAGUUGAUGGUUAUUAUUAUAUUUUUUAAAAGGUA